AGGAUUCCAAAAACACUGACUUUCCUAACUCACCACCUCGCGUAUCCGACCUUAAAACUUAUGGUGAUGGGACGAUUCUCAUCCGUAUUGUCCGGCUAAACCCUGACAUCGAUUGUGCAAAACAACCUAAUUAUUUAAACGAAUCAUGCACCUGCUUAGAGAAAUUGCUAUCUUUUAGAAUAAUCAAUUUAGACGGUGCAGUCAAAGAGAUUAAUAUCAAUAAUACAAAUUUAGGGCUAGAUCCC